AUGUCAUCUGCAUACGCACCACCAUCCGGUGCACCACCCACGACUCCCGCCCCAAAUACAGCUCACGAUGAAGACCCGUUUGAUCCACCUCCAGCAUAUACUCCCACCCAUCACGUUCAAGGUGAAACUUCACUUGAUGCCGGUCCUUCCAGGAUGGAUUUCUCGGGUCCACCACCUAUGCCCCAAAGAUUAGAAUCAAACAUCACUGGUGUGGGAGUGGGGUAUGGUAGAAGGGCUGAUCUAGGUUCACAGUCUACUGGUAGUUCGAUUGGUCCCCAACCAACAGGAGGAUGGAAUGCACCUCCUUUACCUCCCAGACAUCCAUCUACGUCACAAGCUCCACCCAAAGCACAAGACCAUCCAAUGAACAGUCACGCUGGACCGUCCAGACCACCACCUCCUGCAACGCAAGAUCUGUCGCCGACUGAAGCUCCAACUCCAGGAAGACCAUUAUUAUGGAGAGGUCAACUACUGGUAUAUCCAAAAGGGUUUUGGUGUCACAAGUGUAGUAAUACAGGGUAUAAAGCUAAUGACCCUUCGAAUCCGCAUGAAGCUGAUUGGAACAAAUAUGGUAAAACGUACAAUUCAGCAUUGUCCAUUUCGUAUUUGCAAUCCACUAGGGCUUAUUCAAAUCCAUCAACAUUGCAAUCAUCCAAUUUUCAAAAACCGUUACCUCUUCAUCACCCAACCAAUCCAUAUGGUCAUCUACCUCCUCCUCCAGGUGCUUGGGGUACGUACCCAGGCCAAGGUGCUCCCCCGCAACAAGGACAACAGGUUUUCGUACAACGGACAGCAGGAUAUGCCCCUCCAGGUGCUUUGGUGGUACAUCCGGGAGAUCCAAGGAUCGGUGGAAGGGUAUUUUAG